AUGGAAGUUAUUUCAACAGAAAUAAAAGAUGUUAAUAUAAAUGGAUCAAAAAAUAAUUUAUCAAAAGAUUCUAUAUUAUCAAAUCAAAAUGAGUAUAAUGUAAUGACAUCACCAAAUAUUAAAAACAAACAAAAAUCAAAUCAAAAUUGUCAGAUAACAACUACUGUUGCAACAAUAUCUACAUCACCAUAUUCACAAUAUCAACCAUCAUCAGCUUUUGUUAAUGCAAAAUUAGCUGCUGGUUCAUCUGAGGUGAUUCAUGUCUCUAAAUCCAUAUCAACACCUUAUUGUGAUAAUCAACAACAAUAUAUUCAUAAUCAGAAUCCCAAAGGAAUUGUUAAUUCUAAUAAUUUAAUGGCCACAAAAGUUAAUUCUUCUUAUUAUCAACCAUCUGGAAAUAUUUCAUCUAAUACUCAACCGAUAGGAGAAAAAGAUAUUAAUGUAUUCUCAACAACUGAUUCAUCUAAUAAUUCAAUAAAAAAUAAUUCGUAUAUGCCGAUAACAAGACAUUAUCUAACCAACCAAAGGUCAAAUCUUUCUAAAAAUAUUAACAAUUCUUCUCAAUUGCAAAAUAAUACUUGUUAUCAGAAUAAUUAUAAAGUAAUAGAAAAAUCGCCAAAUUUUGAAUAUGGUUUUUGUGAUAAUACUAUUAAAAACAUAGAAUCAUCACCAUUACCUCACAGUUCAACUCCUUUAUCUAGUAUAUCAUAUUCUUCUUCAACAGAAAAUGCUCCAAUCAUUAAUAUAAAUGAAACAGAAACAAAAAAUAAAGCUAAACUUUCAUUUAUGAAAGUAUCUGAAUUAAAAAGUGAAUGUAAAAAACGUAAUAUUUCAAGUAAUGGUUCAAAAACACAAUUACUCGAAAGAUUACAACCAUAUGAAGAAUCAAUUUUAUCAUUAAAUAAAGAAGAAAAUGACCAAGAUAAUGUUAAAUCUAUGACGACUAUAAAUGCAAGCAAUCAACAACAUUCUGUAAAUCAAGUAACAACAGAAUAUUAUAUCACUGAUCAAAAUAAUGAAUAUAUAACAAAGCAAUAUGAUUCCCAAAAUAAUCGUCAUUCUAAUAACUUUUCUAAUCAAAUUUCUAAAAGAAUGCCUUCACUUACUGGGAAUAUAUCAUCACUUAAUAAUAUAGAUCCAUCAGAUGGAAUGUCUGGGGCUGUUAUUAUAAAUAAUCAAUUACAAAAUGCGCAUAUAGAUUUAAGUUCAACAAAAAAUGAGAUAAUAAAGGAAGAAAAUAAUGAUAAUUAUACCACAAAAAAUCAAUCGUAUUAUGUUGAAGUUCCUUCAUUUAAAAUAUCUAAUAAUCAAUCUUCACAACAAUAUGUUCAUUUUCUUGAUCAAACAGGAACAACUGUUAGUAUAUCAUCAUUACCAAAAAAUAUAGCUACAACAUCUAACCAAUGCCAAUAUACAAAUAACAUUGUUGUUAGCGGUUCUAAUCAAAGUGAUAAUGUGAUUUAUUAUAAUCAGAUAUCACAGCAGACAAAACAAAAUAAUCAAGAUAAUAAUUCAAUGAAUAGUCAAUCAGGAAAAUAUAACCAUAUAACAAUUUCCAAUAAUAUGAUAAAAUCUGGUAAUUCAAAUCAUUUAACAUUAACAAAAAUUACUUCUGAUAAUGAAAUUGAUUCAGGAAAUUGUGAAAUAUAUCAACAAAAUACACCAUCAAAAAUGUAUACCAGUCCUAUAAAUAGUCAAGAAAGUUAUAUUAAUUUAAAUAAUGUUACAAAUUAUCAAUCACAAUCAAAUAAUAACUUACUUCCUAAUUCAUCGUUUCAAUCAUCUAAUGAUAUUGUAUCUCUAAAUACACCAUCAACUAUAAUAUCUUAUCCAUCAAAUAAACAAUCAAUAUCAAAUAUAAAAGAAAAUGAUAAUAUAAAUAAUACAGGACAAAAUAGUGGAAGUUAUGUUAUUUUACAAAAAGAACCUAGACAAUGGAAUACAGUUUCACGUAAUUUAGAUUCAUAUAGAGUUAUGCCAAUUCAUCAAAAAUUAAAUUCAUUUUAUUCAAAUCGAGGAAAUGAUGAUGGAUAUCAAAGAAAUAAUUAUAAUCAAACAUAUCCUGUUCAAGAAUAUCAAAAAGAUUUACAAAAAACAAUCGAUCAUACGGAUUCAACAAAUUAUCAUAUGGGUGUCAAACAUGCAGCAUUAACAUCAUCAAUAAAAAAUACCAAUCCAAAUGAUACAUUAAAAAAUUUUAUUUUUAAAAGUUUUCCUGUUAAUGAUAUUAAUAAAUCAUUUCAAGAAAUAAGUAGUGAAGUUAAAAAAAUAUUUUGUCAAAAUAAGAAAAAUCCAAUUGAAAAAUCUGAACCUGUUAUGACAGCUGAAAUAAUGCAAAUUCAUGAAGAUAUGAUUCAACAACAAUUUUCAAUUAUAAAUAAACUUUAUUCUACAUUAUCUAAUGCACAAUAUCAAUUAAAAAAUUAUCAAAAUAUUUUAAUAGCUGCUAAUAAUUUUGAUGCUGAAAGUAUUAGUCGUCGUGAAGCAUUAUAUCCAACUUUAAAUUGCCUUAAAGAAUUAGAUACAAGAACCAUUAAUCGUAAAUAUAUGAAACUUUAUAGUAAUUAUGAAAAUAUUUAUCAUAAUUUAAAGGAUGGAGUAAAAGAACAUCAAUCAAUAGUUGAUAAUGAAGAAGUUUUACAAGAUUUGGCACAUGUUACUCAAGCUACAGAAGACAUUGUUCGUCUUAUCAAACAAGAUUCUAGAACAGCAUUAUUAAUUGUUCAAUUAUUGAGAAAUUUUCAAGUUGAAAGAUCUCAAUGUGUUUCUAGAAGAAGUUCAUUUAAUGUACCACCAAAUGAUGAUAAUGAUUUAAAAAAUAUAAAUGAACAAAGAAAAGACCAAAGGCAAUUAGAAACAGGGUUUUUUAAAGGUCAAUUUAAUUGUAAUCAAGUUGAUCUAUUAUUUAAAAAUGAUAAUCAGAUUAAUGGAAUUGAUAGACUCCAUCAAUCAAAUAUAAAAGAUAUUAAAAAUGGAAAGAACAAAAUUGAUAUGAAUAUAAAAAAUACAUCAAUUUAUUCAAAUAACAAUAAUUCAAAUAUUAAUUUACCAGGACCAUCAAAAAUUCAAAAUAAAGGAAAAAAUAAUAAAUCAACAAUAAAGAUUGAUAAUAAAAUAUCAAAUAAACAAACAACUCUACGUAGAAAAGGUAUAAAAAAUAAUAAUAAGAGUAAAGAUGAUGACAAAAUUUUAAAUGAAACAACAAAAACUAAAAAAAGCACAUCUACAGGAAAAAUUAAUGAUAUGGAAGAAAUAUUUAAAACUGUUAUAAAAGAAUCAUCAAAAUGUGUUACAGGAAUUGAAUCAAAAGAACGUGCUGAGGAAGUCAUAAAUGAUUAUGUUAAAAAUCCACCAAAUUCAUCACCAAUAACAACAAAUAAUAAUAUAAAUGGAAUUAAUUAUACAACAACAAUUAUAGAAAAUACUGCCCCAAUUCAGUCACAAAUUCAACAAUCAAACAAUAAUAAUACAUCACAAAAUUUAGUAAAAAAUAAUGAUUCACAAUAUGGAAAUAGUAGUAGAAAAAGAAUAAAUUCACAAACUAUUCAAAAACAAAAUCAAAUUCAACAAAAAAGUCCAAAAAUUCAACAAUGUACUAUAUCAAGAAUUGAUACAUUACCACAAACAAUUCAAAUACAACAACAUUCAAGCCCAACAAUUAAUCAACAUUUACAACCAAAUUCUGUUGAGACAAUGGAUAGUUUGUCAUCUCAACAACAAUAUCAUUAUCAAACAUUUCAAAAUGAUCAAAAUGAACAUUUUUCUCCAAUAAAUAGUAAUAUUAAUUGUUUAAAUUCUUCAUUUAUACAAACAGAUCAAACACAACAAUAUAAUAAUAUGAUUAAUUCAAAUCAAUUAACUUCAACAACAUUUUUUGCUAUACCAACAAAUAGUAUAACAAUGAAUAAUCAUCAUCAUCAACAACAGCAACAAUCUCAAUAUGGUGUUAUAAAUAGUAAUGUAGAUGAUAAUGGUAAUUUUACAUAUACAACAACAAAUUUAUCUUCACCUGGAGACUUUACAUCACCACAACAUGAUCAAAACAGAAUAAUUUCAAAUACCAAUGGAACACAAUGGAUAACGACAACACAAUCAACAUCACAUCUUCAACAAAAUUUAUGUAAUACAUCUAUUGAUAAUUCAGGAAAUCAUGAUAUUACAAUAGAUUCGGGUAUUCAACAUCCUAUUUCAUCUAUAGACAUAAAUACUUCAAAAUCUGGUGAAGAAUUAAAUGUUCUUCUUGAUGAUUCUUGGUAUAAUAAUGACCAUCAUACAAUAUAUGAAAAUAUUCAAAAUAAUAGUACUAAUAGUAAUAAUCAAACCUCAUCAAGUACAAUAAAAACAACAUCAUCAUCAAUUGAUGGCGACAAUAUUAGAAAUACUAUUUAUAGUAAUAAUAAUAAUAAUUCAAAUCCAAUAUCACAACAAAACAAUUCUUUAAUAGGAUAUAAUCAAAAUUUUAGUGAUUCAGAUAGUUUUAAUUAUGAAAAUAAUGAUAUCAAUCAACAAGGUGACCAGACUAUGGAUUGGGUAGAUCAACAGCUUAUGACAUAA